GUUCCAAAGCAACCACGUUGUAGGCUUCUGGAGUCAUGAUGCUCAUUCCACAAGAGAAGGCUCUGCUGUAUUUUUAAAUUUCCUUUGUGACAGAGACACUCUGCCUUAGCCUUACUUUCACAUUAUUAAUUUCUGUGUAACGGCAUAGAGCUGUGUUCCCCUCUCUCUCCCACCUCUUCACAAGAUCCCACACACAAUGGCCCACCCCAUCAGUGUAAUCCCCCAAAAGUUCAUUUUGAGCACAGCCUCUCUUAUUAAAUUCACUGUCUUUUCAAAAAUUUAACACUACUACAAGGAAUUGCCUCUCAAACCGCACAAUAAAUCGCGUAGCUACAGAUUUGUUUGCCCUUUUAAACCCCAACAUGGCUUUCUUUCUCUCAUUGUGGACUCUCUUCUUUCUCUUCUUUCCCAUCAGAUUAUUUGCCUCUGCUUUCUGGCUUUUCCUUAGCAAGAAAUUUAGUGGGUCGCUACAUUUUCACCAGCUUCUAUCUGUGUGUUGGUGAUUCUUUGCUCUUGUAAAUGCCAAUGACUGAGAAGUCUAAUGGAAGAAAAGCAGUUAGAUUUUAAUCAACCACUUUUAUCAGUGAGGCGGUUCUCACCAAAGGCGGCCUCUGAAACUGAAAAGAAAAGCAGAAACAGAAGCAAUUCAUCGAUCAGAUUACCUCCUCUUCCUGCUUACAAAUCAGAUUUGAAAUCAGGUCCAGUGAGCCAUCCUGGAGCUGUUCCUUUCACAUGGGAACAGACUCCUGGGAGACCCAAAAAUGAAGGAAAAUUGCCAAAACUUGAUAUCGAACAGCCUCCUCUUACUCCAAAUCUUCCUCCUGGGAGGGCUUCAGUUGAACAUCAAGCUUCUGGUCAAGUUUCUAAAGGAAGUGCUAUUUCUAAGAGUGCAACGAAACUGAAGAUUCUAAGAGAGGCUUUGCAGGAAACGGAUAGUUCUGAUUCAGAUAAUGGAGAUGAGGCCUAUCAAGAUGCAAUUGAUAAACUUUCCACAACUGAAUCAUUCCUCAUGAACUGCAGUGCAAGUGGCUUGAGUGGGUUGGAUGAUCAAGAAACACAGCCAUUUGGAAGCUUCUCCAGUGAUCAACAGGCACGUAACUUCAUGAUUGGUCGGUUCUUGCCUGCAGCAAAGGCAAUUGCUUCUGGAUCACCUCAAUAUGCCUCGAGGAAGCCACCGGUUGAGCAAGAAGAACCACGACAGGUUAAGGAAGUAGUACUACUAAGCAGACAAAGGUACAGUCCGCUUAGGCAAAUUGUUCUGUCACAACAUGCUCAAGAUAUUGGUGAGGGAGAAAGUGAGGAUGAAGAUGACAAUGAAAGUGAUGGAUCUGAAACCAACGCAACCAAAGUUUGUGGGCUAUUUCCUCGACUCUGCUUUUUGAAUCCAUUACCUGAGUUGAGAAUGGAGGGCAGGGUGCUAAGUUCUGCAGCUUAUGGGAUGCCGGCCAAGUCAAGCACUACUCAUAAUGGAGCUAGAAAAGAGCAUGCUAGAACUUCUCACAGGGAGAAUAAAUCAGUAUAUUCCCAAUUUGGCUUUAGAGAAGAAAGAGCAAAAAAUGGCAUUGAUCGACAAAGAAGAGGUGUCAGCAGAUUAUCAGCCUGUGAGAGUAUUCAAGGUGAUCUUGGCCGUACAAGCCCGGUGGUUGAGAAAACUCUGUAUAUAGAUUCUGUGCAUAAAGUCAAGUCACAUUCAAAUUCAUCUUCUUCUGAAAUGAAGGGUCAAACCAAUCACACAUUGGAUCCUUUUGAAACUGCAAUCCAAGAUAGUGGCAAAUGUAAGAAACCUUCAAUUGUGCCUAGAAGUUCAGAAUCUCUUGAUUUGCCUUUUCCCUGUUGUCUGACAAAGCCAUUAGAACACGAAAUCGACUUGGGUAAGAAUUUAUGGGUUUCAAGUCCAAAAGUGGCUCAAUGCAAGAAAACACUAUCAGAUAAUUCAGUGAUCAGCAAUCAGGAGAACUUUGAUGGUCCAAUUCAGAAUCCUGCACCAUGGAGAAGGUCAAGAUUGGCCGGCGAUGAUUUAAGGAGCCUACUUGCUGCUCAUUCAACUGAUCAGGAAUGCUUGAAAGGGAUCAAUAAUGGAAAAACUGACCCAGAAAAUCAAUGUCAAAAGAGACCAGACAAUCAAGAAACAAACAAUUUGAGGCUUCCUCUUUCUCUUCCUUCACCAAAAGCUCCAUCAGAGUCUUGGCUCAGGCGAACCUUACCUACCAUUUCCUCAAUUAAUGUUACUACUAAAAUUCCAGCCCCUCUUCGAAUUGCCAGUAAUACAGCAAAGCAUGAUCCUAAGUGGGAAAGAAUUGUCAAAUCUUCUGAGGAACUACUAAGAACAAUUCCAGAAGAUUGAAAUUUGUCUGGAGAGAUAUUUAAUGAUGAACACGAACUGAUUAGCUAUUUUUUUGGCUGAAUAAAGGUUUGAGCACUUUUCACUUGGUCACUGUAUUAUCUUACAUGGUUUUGCUUCUGUAUUCAUAAAUGGGCACAUAUAUUUUUAAAAAAAAAACUGUAAAUUACAAUUAGCUUUGGUUCUUCAUCAUGUAAAAUGUAAAUGUAGCAAGAUGUUUCAAUUGAAAAUCAAUAUAUGAAUAUAUAUAUAUAU